UUAACUUUUAUAAUCGAUUCAGUGCCAAGUCGAAAAAUGGCAGCGAAAGGUCUUGUGUUCCUGGCAUUGGGAGUUGUUCUGUGGGGGUUUGCGGGCCUAAGUUUUGGGCUUAGCCUUUUGUCUGUGUUUCUUAUUUACCUGAUAACAGGAGGCUGGAGAUUUACCCGGAAUGCAAUAAUAACACUACCAAGAGAUGCACAUGGUAUUUAUACUUUAUUCGCUAUGAAGUACAUGCUGUAUAAAUAUCAACGUGACAGUAUGCUUGUCCACAAACUCUUUCAAAGGAACGUUAAAAAACAUCCAAAUAAAAUAGCCUUCAAGAUCGAGGAUAAGACCUGGACAUUUCAACAGAUUGAAGAUUACAGCAAUUCUGUAGCGAACUAUUUCUCUGGGGCAGGUUACAGACAUGGCGACACUGUGGCUAUUUUCAUGGUUGGCAGACCAGAGUUUGUCGCCAUAUGGCUUGGAUUGUCCAAGAUAGGAGUUGUUGCUGCGCUAAUCAAUUUCAACCUACGACUUAAGUCAAUGUCCCACUGCGUGUCCGUAUCAAAUGCUCGUGCCAUGAUUUAUGGAAGUGAGCUAUCAGAAGCCAUUUCAGAAGCUCAAGGAUUGCAGACUCAGGGUUUGCAGUACUUUUGUUUUGGUGAUGUCCAACCUGGGGUUAAAGAUGCCAUUCAUCUAGACCCACUCAUCCAGUCAGCCUCAACCUACUGCCCAACCUGCCCAAGAGAACUCAAAAUGAAAGAUAAACUUACCUACAUCUACACAUCAGGUACAACAGGCUUGCCAAAAGCAGCUGUGAUAACGCACUCUCGCUUUAUCUACAUGGCAACCGGAAUGAACCUUGGAUUUAAUUUCCGUAGGGAUGAUAUCAUCUAUUGUGCCAUGCCACUCUACCACUCGGCUGGGGGUAUUGUAGGGGUGGGACAGGUGCUAUUAUAUGGGUGCAGCAUGGCUAUUCGCAAGAAAUUCUCUGCUAGCAGAUUCUGGGAUGAUUGUAUUAAAUACAAUGCAACUGUUAUACAGUACAUUGGAGAGAUUUGCAGGUACCUACUUAAUCAGCCUGACCGUCCAUCAGACACUGGCCAUAAAGUCCGAAUGGCCAUAGGCAAUGGCCUACAGAGAAAAUUAUGGACAGACUUUGUUUACAGGUUCAAGAUACCAAAGAUAGCUGAGUUUUAUGGUGCCACAGAAGGCAACACGAACAUCAUCAACACCACAAGUUAUCCAGGUGCUGUUGGCUUCAAUUCUAUCAUCCUUCCCCGUGUUUAUCCUGUGACACUGAUCAGAGUCGAUGAGGUCACAAAAGAAAUUAUCCGAAAUAAAGAAGGUCUAUGUGAAAGAUGCAAACCAGGACAAGUUGGGCAUCUCAUUGGGAAGAUACGGAAAGGAGAUCCCACAAGGGAGUUCCAUGGUUAUGUCAACAAGGAGGCAUCCGGAAAGAAGAUAGCAUGUGAUGUAUUUCAGAAGGGAGACAGUGUGUUCCUCUCAGGUGACAUGUUGUACAUGGAUGAGCUAGGCUACAUGUUUUUCUGUGACCGUUCUGGUGAUACAUUCCGUUGGAAGGGAGAGAACGUUUCCACCACCGAGGUUGAGGGCACAGUGACUGGGCUGUUAGGCCUUCGUGAUUCUGCUUGUUAUGGUGUUGACAUACCAGGUACUGAAGGGCGGGCUGGAAUGGUAGCAGUAGUUGGCUCUGCUGGAGAUAUUGACCUUGUGUCACUCAACCAGGGUCUGCAGAAGGCUUUACCAGCUUACGCUAAACCAAUCUUCAUCCGAUUCACUGACAAACUGGAUAUGACAUCCACUCACAAAGUUAAGAAGACUGCUUUGAGAGAAGAGGCAUACCACUUACCAAAAGUAAAUGGGGAUGCUGUUUACUACUUGGAUGGUAAAACUAAGAACUAUGAGCAUCUAACAGAUGAUAUUUAUCAAGAUAUAUUGCAAGGAAAAAUUCGCUUUUAAAAUGGAAAAAUAAUAACACUGUAUCUGUCAUGAGGACACAACACAUCAACAGCAUAUGAAGCAAAGAGGGCAACAGCCAUUUAGACUAAGCCUAUUUUCAGAAAAGAAAAAUUUGACAAUUGGUUGGAAUAAAUUUGAGGCUUGUGCAGUAUGAAUGUAGGGUUGGCGAAGCCUGCUGGAAUGCCACUGUCCAUUCAGAUGGACUCUUGUACAAGCUGCAUCACAACGAACAGCUAGUUGUAUGAUUACUGCAGUCUGAGACAAAUUAAAGGCAGAGCCACCAUGCACUAACAUAUAAUGUAAUGUUGAAAUUAUAGAGAGAGUGCCUGCAUUUUGCCAAAAAAACAAACAUAUAUUGAUUGUGGUAUAUGUUAAAAAGAUUUAUAAAUAUACCGGCAAUACACACUAUCUACUUUAAUUGAAUUUGAGGCAUUCCUAAUCAUGAAAAAAGCAGAAUAAAGUCGAUUUUUGUAGUGAUGGUAAAGAAUAUAUUAGGGAUUUUCUAUCUAUGAUUUUUUUGCAAUAGGUCACAAAUUGAAUAUUACAUCUUGUUAUAAUUUACUGUCUUCACCUACUUCCAUUUCUAGUACUAUUCUUGCAUUCUGCUUAGUAUGUGAAACUGACAUAUCCUCAUGCCAAUGAAAGCAUAGAAAAGUUUGCUAAUUUACUUUGCGAUAAAACAAAUAAGUAUCUAGUAUUAUAUGGGUCUAUAUUACAUCUUGUUGUAAUUUACUGUCUUCACCUACUUGCAUUUCUAGUACUAUUCUUGCAUUCUGCUUAGUAUGUGAAACUGACAUAUCCUCAUGCCAAUGAAAGCAUAGAAAAGUUUGCAAAUUUACAUACUUUGCGAUAAAACAAGGUCUAGUAAUCUCGAAAGCUCUGAUGAGGGCAGUAUAAUAGAUGGAGUACAGUAUAUUGGCUCUAACAGCUGCCCAUACAAAAAGGAUCUAUUAAGCAAUCAGCCGGGUAUUCCUAGAUCUCCUCAGCGGAGCUAAAAAAAACCCCAUUCUAAUGACUCUUUAGAUCCUUGGUUCUAUAAAAAAAAAAAUACUAUCUUUGUUAAAGGUAACAAACUUAAUGAUUGAUUUAAAGGAAUUUUGCAGCAAAGUCUGUAAAUAAUUGGAAAUAUACUAAUUUUGAGCUGUGUCUCAUUGGAAGGUUAAUAUAUUUGAUCCUUUUAAUAUAUAAGCAAUUCCAUGUUUUAAUAAGCAAUUAGUAAAGAUGCCCAUAGUACACUAUAGGAAAAUUAUUAUACGAAGGUUAGAUUUAAUGCUUGAAAAAUUUCCCUGAGGGCCUGCAAAGCCCGAGGGAAAUUUUUUAGUUUAUUAGGGCCCAUUGAUUUUAGGAAUUCCUUAAUUUUUCAUGUUUAAUAUUAAAUUUGAAGUAAAUUUCAUUCAGGUUCUAAUCAAGCUUGUUUUACGUAAAGUAUUUUCAAUUACCACUUGUCAACAAUUGACAAUUGGGUGAGUGUCUUCCCCUCUCUUUCUGCGCAAGCGCACAUCGUCCUAGUAUAGAACACUAGCCUAGAAUUCAUAGUGGUGCGCGAUAAUUGGUCUUGUGCCGCAAACUUUAAAAAGAUCAAGCCAAGCGUGCAAUUUGAAAAUAUAGUUAACUGUUGGGGAUAGGCAAAUAACACUAGGAGUUGGAGUGAUGACAUCACUAUUAUUUAGUGUUUUAUAAAGGUUUUAUCACAGGCUGUAUAUACACUUAUAGCCAAUGAACUAUUUUGUUUUUGUUGUUUUCAUUUGUUGUGGAAGUGGUUUGGCGGAGUGGGAAAAGUUUGGUUUCCCAACCUCGAGGUCAGGGUUCCAAUCCCUCGCUGUGCAUUCCACUUGUGUCCUUGAGCAAGGCACUUUACCUGCAUUGCUUUUCUCCACCCAGGAGUAUAAAUCGGUACCUAGUAGUGUUAAAUGCCAAAAUGCGAUGAUCUAGCUGCUGCAACGUUAUGAAACUCUCCCAUAGGUAGCUUUGAGUUUGUGUUCCAUAGGUGUUUAAUCCAAUGACUGGGGGUAAUAAUAUGAAGUGCUUAGAGUCCUUGUUGGUGUUAAGUGCUUCAUAAGUCUAACAUGUUAUUAAUAUUAUUUCAGUAAAUAAGAAAGUACACUGUAGUGUGAUGCAGAUUAUCAUGGUUCUGUAUUUUAAACUUUAUUUUCAUCUUCAGGAAUCACUAUAGAUAUUUCAGUAUUAUUUUCCAGAGGCCUAAAUAUUUAUUUACUUUUAAUGGAAUUAUAACAGAUGUUUUUUAAUUUAAAUCGUACCUUGUACACCACUGGAAUCUAGAAAAGUACUUGCAUGUUUACAAUUUUUGUCAUAAAAUUAAGCCCAGUACUACAGCAAUUCUUUUAAUGAAUCCAAAAUAAUGUUGAAUGAAUUUAUGUAUACAUAACUGUAUUAUAGAAUGAAAUUUACUCCGGAUAAAGAGAGGGAGGCCAUGAUUCAAUAACCGUAUUGUUAAAGGAAUGUAAACUGUAACAUUUAGGCAGAUUGUAUUUCUUAUACACUAUUAAAAUAAACCUACUGUAUGUAAUUUAUUCCAUUAAGUUGUUGCACAAGUA